UCCACUUGCGACCGACCAAUGACAGAGCCCUGGACUUCAGCCGACUCUUCUCUUGCAAGCAGGGAAGGUAAGCCUCUUCGGGCCCUGAGCUUCCCCGCCCGAAGUCUUGGAGCUCCCUGGGCGGGACGCGUUACCCAGGCACCGACCCGGAACUACAUUUCCCAGCAUGCGCUGGUUUCCCUGAGGGGAGCGGCCCGACCUGUGGCCCAUCACUGCUGCAUCCGCUGGCCGGAACAAGCGUCUGUUCUCAGUCAGGCUGCGGAGUCCGAACGCCAGCGGCAGCCGUAGAGGAGGCUAGGCCGAAGCAGCCGGGAUGGAAGACAGCGAGUGGCGCAGCAACAACUUCAGGCAGAAGCUGGUCAGCCAGAUCGAAGAAGCAAUGAGGAAAGCUGGGGUUGCUCAUAAUAAAACCAGUAAAGAAAUGGAGAACCAUGUUUACAUGAAAGCUAAAUCACGGGAGGAAUAUCUUUCACUUGUGGCAAGACUCAUUAUCCACUUUCGGGAUAUUCAUAACAAGAAGGCUCAGGCUUCAGAUCCUAUGAAUGCACUACAGAAUCUAACAGGUGGUCCACCUGCAGGGGCAGCAACCAUGGGAAUGACUUCGCGCCCUCAGGGAGCACCCAUGGGUGGCAUGAGUGGACUGGGUCCAAUGGGACAACAAAUGAGCCUCUCGGGGCAGCAGCAGCCUCCUGGAACAGCUGGAAUUGCCACACAUGGCAUUCCAGGCAUCUCUCCAGCGACCCAACAGGGUCAACUUCAGCUCCAACAGAUGGCACAGCAGCAGUUCCCAGUUCAGCAGCAGCAGCAGGCUUUGCAACAGCAACAGCAGCAGUUCCAGGCCCAGCAGACUGCACUGCAGCAGCAGUUCCAGGCUCAGCAGCAGCAGGCUGCAGCAGUGGCACAGCAGCAGCAGCAAAUGCAAGCAGUACAGCAGCAGCAGCAGCAGCAGCACUUGCUGAAAUUACAGUUGCAGCAGCAAAGCCAACAGCAGAUGCAGCAGCAGCAUCAACUACAGCGAAUUGCUCAAAUGCAGCAGAUGCAGCAGCAAGCUCAGGCUAUCCAGGCCCAGCAGCAGCAGCAGCAGCAGCAGCAGCAGCAGCAGCAGCAGCCUCCCUUGACACAGCAGGCUAUGCAGCAGCAGAUGCAACAAAUGCAGCAGCCGCAGCAGCAAGUGGCACAAGCUCAGCUGUCUCAGCUUCCACCACAGCCAAUGGUGUCUCAGGCACAGACAGUCCCAGGGCAGAUUCCUAGUCAGGUCAUGCCUCUAACAUUAACACCCCAGCAGUUAAAAGUCAUACAGGUAAGAACUCUGCAGCAGCAACAGCAGCAGCAGCAACAGCAGCAGCAACAGCAGCAGCAGCAACAACAGCAGCAGGCAGCUGCUCAAGCCCAGGCUGCUCAAAUGGGAGCAUCAGGACAGAUGAUCACCGCAACCAUGGCCCGAGGUGGGAUGCAAAUAAGACCACGGUUCCCGCCUACCACCGCUGUAUCUGCCACGCCUCCAAGCACCAUUCCUUUGGGUGGACAGCAAAUGCCUCAGGUAAGCCAGAGCAGUAUCAACAUGAUGUCCUCUCCUUCACCAGUCCAGCAAGCCCAGACAUCCCAACCAAUGCUUCCACCGCCUCAGCCACAGCCCUCUCCCCAGCCAGGGCAGCCAACUUCCCAGCCUAACUCCAAUGUCAGCUCCGGUCCAGCCCCCUCUCCCAGCAGCUUCCUCCCCAGCCCAUCUCCGCAGCCUUCCCAAAGCCCUGCAGCUGCACGAACGCCACAGAACUUCAGUGUCCCUUCUCCACUCAAUACUCCAGGCAACCCCAACUCGGUCAUGAGCCCAGCCAGCACCAGCCAGUCGGAGGAGCAGCAGUACCUGGAGAAACUCAAGCAGCUCUCCAAGUAUAUUGAGCCCCUCCGGAGGAUGAUCAACAAGAUAGAUAAGAAUGAAGACAGGAAGAAGGACCUGAGUAAGAUGAAAAGCCUCCUGGAUAUUUUGACUGAUCCUUCCAAGCGCUGCCCUCUGAAGACUUUACAAAAAUGUGAAAUUGCUCUGGAGAAGCUCAAAAAUGACAUGGCUGUGCCCACUCCCCCACCCCCUGCAGUACCUCCCACUAAGCAGCAGUACCUGUGCCAACCCCUGCUUGAUGCUGUCCUGGCAAAUAUUCGUUCCCCUGUAUUCAAUCAUUCCCUCUACCGGACCUUCAUGCCAGCUAUGACAGCUAUCCAUGGCCCUCCUAUCACGGUUCCAAUGACUUCCCCUCGAAAGCGAAAGUAUGAAGAAGAUGAAAGACAAACCAUACCAAAUGUGUUACAGGGAGAGGUUGCUAGAUUGAACCCCAAGUUCUUGGUAAACCUAGAUCCCUCCCACUGCAGCAAUAAUGGCACAGUCCACCUCAUAUGCAAGCUAGAUGACAAGAACCUUCCAAAUGUUCCACCGCUGCAGCUCAGUGUCCCAGCUGAUUAUCCAGAUCAGAGCCCCUUGUGGAUUGAUAACCCUCAACAGUAUGAAGCAAACCCCUUCUUGCAGUCAGUAUAUCGCUACAUGAUGUCCAAAUUGCUGCAGCUUCCUGACAAGCACUCGGUCACAGCACUCCUCAACACUUGGGCACAGAGUAUCCACCAAGCCUGCCUGUCUGCUGCCUAACGUCAUCUCCCCUUGCUGGGCCACAGCUGGAAGAGUCACAGAAGCAGAAGCCUUAACUCAUUUUUGUUUGCUAGGAGACAGGCUUCAUAAAGAGGGCCUGGCAUUAGGUUUAGCUCUUGUGCUCCUUGCCAGUGGCUGGAUGCAUAUGAUGGAUUUGUCACAGGUCUCAAGAUGGACAUGUUAGGAAAUUUUUUAAAAACAUCUUCUUAGAGAAGAAUUUGUGUAGACUUCUGUCAUGGAGUCUUACUGCUAUAGGAAAAGGGACAGUGUCCCUUCAGCCUUCGCCUCGUGCCAGAUGUUAUGUUACAUGUCAUGUAUGUUUGGAUGCUAUCCUCACUUGAGGUUGCCUGCAGCGGGGAAAGACCAAUGACCUGUUGUUAUUCAGACAGGUGAUUGAGGAGACAGGUAAGCUUUCCUUAUUUUCCCACACAGGUUGCGGCUGCAAGCAUUAUUGGUCACCUUGGGAUUCAGCAUGGCACUAACUGACUUGCCUCUGGGUGCUUAGGGCGAGACAGAGGCAGCUUCAUUGAGCACUGGGUUUGCUUUCUCCUGCCUGUGUUGCUAGUCUUUGUGGAAUUUCAGUCUUAGAAGUAUCCCUGUUUUCAUUUGCUUCUGCUGUUACCAUUGCAGAAGUCUCUGCAGACUGAUUGACUCUCUUCAAAACAGGAACAGCUUGCUGUGUCAAUUUGAGGACUUUUAAAAAAUGUACUUGGUAAGCACUGAUUACAGUACAAUAGUGUCAAUAUUGCGUACUUUGAACUACGGCCUUUGUUUUACUGUAAUAAAUGUUUUAUUCCCAUGUUAAA